UAUUUAUAUUAAAGAAAUAUGUAAAUAAAGAGAGAUUAUUAUGAAAUACUUGGAUUGGAUUAGAAUUGUGAUUAAGAAUAGAUUAAGAAGGCAUAUAGAAAUAUGGCAUUGAAGUAUCAUCCAGAUAAGAAUUCAUAAGAAGAUGCAAAAGAGGUGUUUUAAGAAAUCUAGGAAGCUUACUCUGUACUUUCAGAUCCAAAUGAAAGAACUUGGUAUGAUAAUCAUAAAUAAUAAAUAUUGAAUCCAGAUCUUGAUAAGGCUGAUUUAGAAACUAUGGAAGGAUUUGGAUUUAAUAUUUGGCAUUAUUUCUCUCCACAUUAUUUUGGUUUUGGAGAUGAUCAAUAAGGUAUAAAAAUAAUAUAUUUUAUAUUUUUAGGAUUUUAUGCAUUUUAUAGAGAAGCAUUUGAAAAAAUUAAAUUUGAAGAGGAAUCAGCAUUUAAUAAUAAAUAAUUAGAUUCUGAAGAAGAAGAUUCAAACACUGAAUUUGAAAAACUUCCUGGUUUUGGCACUUCAAAUACUUCUAUAGAAUAAGUACUUAAGUUUUAUCUGAAAUGGGAGAAUUUUACAACUUAUAAAUAAUUUGCUUAUGCAGAUAAAUAUAACCCAAAAGAUGCUCCUAAUAGAUGGGUUAAAAGAGCAAUUAUUAAAGAUAACAAAGUUGAAAGGAGGGAAGAAAAGAAAAAAUAUUUAAAAACCAUUAAAAAAUUAGUAGAAACUGUCAAAAAUAAAGAUCCAAGAUAUAAAGAAUAUUUAGAAUAAUUAAGAAAAGAAUAAACUAUCAAAGAAUAAUAAAAAAAAAAGUUGAAAGAAUAAGAAAAAAUACAUAUGCAAGAAAUUUUAAAAUAAGCUAGACUUGAAGAAUAGGAAAGGUUUAAAGAAAAUGAAGAAUAUUUUAAAGAACGAUAAUAAUUUUAAGUUAUUACAGAAAAAUAAGAAAAACCUUCUGAUGUAUUCUUUUGCGAUGUUUGUGAUAAAGAAUUUAAAUCAGAAUCAUAAUUUAAAAAUCAUCAAAAUUCAAAAAUACAUAAAUCUAAUUUAAAGGAUAUAAUUUCUUAGAUUACUGUUGAUAAGAGAGAAUAAGAAGAAUUAUUAAAAUAGAAUGGAGUUAGUUCUGUAAGUGCUAAAGAUUUAGAAGAAACUUAAAAAUUAAUUUAAGAAUAAAUCAAUAAAGAAUUAGAAAGAGAAUAAAUAAAAUAGUAAAAAUAAGUUGAAUAAUAAAUUAAAUAAAAGGAAAAAAAGAAAAAUAAAAAUAAAAAAAAGAAAUCUUAACAACAAUAAAAAUAAUAAGAUUAAUAACAAGAAGAUAAUAGUAAUUCUGAAGAUCCAGUUGAAAAAGAGACAAAAAAUGUAGAUAAUGAAUAUGUAAACAGUGAAGAUGAAGAUCAUCUUAAAUAAUUACUCAAAAAUAAAAAAACAAAUCCAAUCAAUUAAUAAUAAAAUAUUAUUUAGCCUAAUAAUAAUAAAUAAUAAAAUUCUGAAAAAUAAUAAUCAGAUACUAAAUUUUUAAUUGAAAAUAGUGAAUCUGAGGAUGAAAAAAUUUGUAAUGAAAACAACUAAAAAGAAACAAAAGAUGAUUCUAUUGAAACAAGACAACUUAAUAAAGCUAAGUUGAAAAAAUUAAAAAAAAAAGAAAAAGAAAAACAAAAUGAAUAAGAAAAAUUUAAAUGUAAUGUUUGUUCAGAGAUUUUCCCAUCUAAAACAAAAUUAUUUAAACAUGUAAAUGAAUCUGGUCAUUAAAGAGCUAAAUGA